AUGGAGAAAUUAGAAUAAUACAGUGGUAGUAUAAUGAGUCGUAGCAUCGCUUAGAAUCACAAAUUUAGAAGAAAGGCUUCAUUCAAGGAACCGUCAAAACCCUCGAAUAGUUAUUCUAACCGAUAAUAGCCUUUUUAACAACCCUAAUUAACAAAUCAACCAACUUAGACUAAUCAGCCAUCCCCAGCGAUUCACAUUAAUCAUCAUAAUAAUUAGCUGGCUAUUUCAGAACCUCCUCAUAGGAAUCCAUCAAUCAAUCAUAUAUCCUCACUUAUCAAACCCUCAAAUGGUCUCUCUCUUCCAACAACUAAAAACCAGUAAAAUCAAUAGUAAUUCUCUAAGAUCUAGAAUCAGCAAGCUAAAACUUUCGCCAGGAGAAAAAGUCUUUCGAAAUAAAUCAAAACUGCAAUCAAAAAAGGUAAAGAGGAAAUUCUUCUAAAGGGUUAGCUUAAGUAAAAUGACUCUAUUAGCACGAAUCAGUCUCACAUACAAAGUACGAUGUUCAUGACAUUUUAAAGUUCUGAGAAAUAAUUUAAAAGGAAAAAUAAUGCCUCAUCAUCUGAUAAGUACAUAGAUUCGGCACGAUUAAACAACGGUUAACAAUAAUCUGGCUAAAAUACUUUAGCAUCAAACGGUGGGGCUUGCUUUUUACCGGAUAUUCACAUAAAUAAUAACUAGUUAAAAUAGACCCCUGAUCCUAAAAAAACAUCAACUAAAACAUAAAAACAAUUAGCCUUAAUUGAUGAAAGUACCAAGAAUAAAUUUAAAAGUUCCGAUGAAGACAUACACAGCUACUUCAACUUUAAAGAGUCUUAGAAAUUUGUCUCUACUUCAUCCACAGAGCCAUCUGAUGAUUAACUUCUUUACAAAGGCUUAAUAAGCAAUAAUAAUAUAAAUACAGGAACCAACUCCUAAUUAGCAAAAAAUAGAACAACUCCAAAAGGAAUAAUUGGGUAAAGUGAAACCAGAAAAAAUGGGGCUAAUACUACUAUUUUAAGCAACUAAUAUACUAAUAAAGUAUCUAGUAUAGUCGAGAAUGUCAACAAUAUUUAUCAGAAAAGCAACCUAUCCGCCUUUGAUAAUUAUCAGAAUUAGAUAACUUCACCUAAGACAUAGGUUCAGACAAAUAAUGAGUAAAUCAUAUUAUCUCUUUAGUAGCAGUUUUAAAUUUCAAAAGCCCCCUUUAAUUACGAGGACUCCAGUUCUCUUGGAUAAAAAUCAUAUAAAACUCAUGAUCUAUAUGCCAACAACGCUUAUCAGUCCCCAAAUAUCAAAGGGCCAAAAUACCAAAGAAAAGUAUCACUAGAAGAAUCUAUUACGGAUAAUAGCCUUAAUCCUUAAUCAUUAGUCUCUUCAAAAGACAAUUUUCAUAUGACUGCAUAAUUAUCAUCAAAGAUUAAUUCUGCAUAGCUCAGUAAAUUACAACUUGCUUAUUGUUAAGAUGAACAUAAUCUCAAUUAUCAAAUCUAGCCUUAGGCAACUAAUCCCUAAAAAUACAAGUCAUCUGUGAAUCUUGAAGAGUGUAAAUAAAGCAAGCUAGAUGACAAUAUUACUAAGAGAGUAUUGCUAUCUAAAUAAGACAUAAAAUUAGGAAGCUAGAAGCAAGGAGUAAAGAUAUAGAGAGUUACUAAGAAUGUUUUAAGGCAAUCUACAGAAAAGUACCAAUUUCCACCAGAUGAGAUUGCUCCAUUUAGACAAGAUUUGAAUUAUGAUUAGUAUCUAUAACCUCGCACAGAUUGUAUAUAUGAAUUCUAAAGUAAAAGAUUAGAUUUUCGAAGAAGACCAAGCAAUAAAGACUCUCAGAUAGUGAUAAUUCAUUUCGAUGGACUCGUUGGAGAAAUUAAUCAGAAGAAUCUUGGAGAUGACUCUUACUAAUUAGUACUGAGACAUGGUUCGGUUGAGGGUCUCUAAGAACUGAGCAAAAACUUCUAGAUAGCAAUUCUCACAACAUUAAACUAAAAGUAUUGCAGAUUAUUAAUAGAACUUCUAGAUAAAGAGGAUAUAGUAUUUGAUGGCAUAUAUCAAAGAGUGAAAACAUUCAGAAGAUCUGAUGAGCAUUACAAUUAUAACCAAAUAUAUAUUGACUUUGACAUUCACAAUGAGGGUGAGGAAUAUAGCGAUAAAGUUCAAUAAAAUGUGAUAAUAUUAGCACCUAUAUUUAUGGAUAAUGAGGAUAUCAGAGAUAAAGAUGGGGACGAUUUGCUUUUUUAAGAGAAAUAGCUGUCUAUGUAAGUUAACAGAAGUCUAAAUUUCAAAGGAUUACCAAUAGAUUCUAAAGAUAAGACUCCUAUAACAUUAUUGAUACCUCAUUUAAGGGCUCAUUCUUGCAAUUACUCAGUUUCAAUGCUCAAUAUUGGGAACAUUGUUCAAAGUUUAUUGUUCACAUCAUGCUAGGUAAAGGAAGAUCAACCAAGAGAAGUUGAGAUUGAAUCCUAUAAGGAUCGUGAAUACCAUCUUAGAAUGCUUAGAGAGGAAGAAUGCAGUAAUAAGAAUCAUAGCAGGUCCUCUUCACCUAAAAGAUCACCUUCAAAGACACAGAGCACUCUUCAAUAAAAAGGUCUUUUUAUGAUGACCAUAACAACAAUAUCCCCUAAAAAUCACUUUAAAAAAAUACUUGCUAGCACGAGAGACAAAAUACUAGAUUAGAAAUCAUGCAAUUGGCUAUAAGCUUACUAUUAGGUGAAAAAGUACAAACUUUUCUCUCUUAAGACUGUGACUAGCAUGAAACCCUUACCGGAGUUCUUGUAAAAAAGAAAAGAAGAUGACAUAAUUAAGCUCAAGCAAACAAUUUUUAAGCUAAAGGCACUUUAUCAGUCUCACAUAGAUAAAACUAAUCACUAAGAAUUGUUAAUCAAAACUCCUCAAACUCAUGAACUUUUGAUUAACAAUGACUGGGUUAAGUAAUCUAUUAUGCAGUAUAAAAAUGAAUACUACAAUAAUUUAGCUUAGCUUCUACAAGAUUAAUCUUAAAAUCCACUAAAGGAAUUGAUAGCUGAUCUCGAGGAAAGACUUUUGUAAAUCUAAAAUCAAACUUACUCAGCAGACUAUCCAAAAAGUGAAAUCCCUCUCUACAGGUUCUUGGUUUUGUAGGGUCAUUAAUUCUAGAAUUAUCCCUGUGAAACAAAGAUGAUUAUAAAAGAAAAGGAGACGAAUCUAUAGAGAAAUCUUUAUAACUGGGUAGUUUAGAGUACAAGCUACACAGUGACAAGCAGAAAUGCUUAGAAAAAGACUUUUACUAAUCCUCUAAGUGUACUAAAUGGCAGAGAAGGAAGCAAUCAGCAGUCUAUAUAGUAAGAUACUCAUUUUAUGCCGGGCUAUAGAAUAUUCUCAGAUCAGUAUCAAUGA